UUUGCGAUGGUUCAGUAAAGAAGGUUAUGUUAGUGGUUCGAGAGUCGCGGAUUACUAAGGAUGGCCAAGAUAGUGAUAACGCUGUUGUUGUUGUGCAUUGGUAAUAUCUGUAAUGGAGCCGUAAAGGUUAUUUUGCUCCAAAACCAGAAUUCAAAUACGCAGGUGUUCCUUGUCGGUCAGAAUAACGACCAGACCGACCAGCAAACCAGUAAUAAUAACGUUAACAGGAACGAUAAUAGAGUAAACAGCAACCGGCAACAGAGCAAUAACAACGCCAAUGCACAACCAACUCAACCAAACAUAAUACUGCCAAGUCAAAAUGUAAACCGAGGGCAACCGAUUACGGUGAAUUCGAGAGGCAACCAAGGAGACCAACCGAGGCAACAGCAAUCUCCAGGAACAUCGGUUAUUCAUGACACGACAUCUGGCAGCAACUACCACUUCUCUUGGCGCCGAGACCGCGACCGAAAAUUCAGUCACGGUGAUGCUGUCAACUACUGCAGAAACCUUGGAGACAGAUGGAACGCCAUCAGCAUAGAGACCACUGAAGAGAGUGACUACAUCAAUGGCGUUAUUGAUUUAGACAACGUGCCAUACAUCUGGACGAGCGGGACGAAAGUGGGCAACGGCUGGCGGUGGAACGGGCCAGGGGCAGGGGCCUUUCAGGGACUCAACUGGAGCAGCACAGGAGGCUUGGGAAUCGGUCAACCCGACAACAGAUUUGGAGAUGAAAACUGCCUUGGAAUUCUCAAUCGUUUUUACAUAAACGACGGUAUCACAUGGCACGACAUCGCCUGCUUCCACCUCAAGCCCGUGGCGUGUGAGCGGCGCCUUUAGCUGAAAACCUUGAGUUGGAGUUGUCAAAAUUACUCAUUCUUACUGUGGUAAUUGCUUUUUGCAAGGUUUACGAAUAUUGGUAGAUUUUACCGAG